AUGCUCAAAUACAGUGUUGCCCGUUUACAGCAAUACAACAUUCCCUCGACUUCUUCUCCUAUUCCUCCUCCAAGACUUUUAAGGUCAUCCACAUCCAGCAUUCCCUCAUUACAACAUGAUGUAACCUUAACUCGAAGCAAUUCACUGCUUUCCUUGAAUUCAUUCGACAGCAACUCGUCUGAAAGUGAUACCGGUUCUCUCAAAAUUUACACGAACAACGUCAAAACAUGUGCCGACUACAAGACUAUCAGAGUUUCGAAUUUCGCAACAACAGAACAAGUUAUUGAAACAGUGAUUAACAAGUUCAAACUCUCCUCAUGUCGCGACACAAAUCUGUACAAGUUAUGGAUGGAAGUAAGCACCCGAACAAAUGGCAAAACCGUGAGCACUAUUCUUGAAUUGGACAGGUUGUCAAGACCACUUGAAUUGCAAAGAUGCCAUCCAGAGAAUAUGUCGCGUUUCAUUCUACACAUGUGUUCAUCGGGUAGCCUCGUAAAAAUUUAUGAUCACAAUAUCUCUCCAGAGUCUAACUAUAAGUCGUUGAUGAUGGCCCCUGAAACAACAGCUGAGCAGACUAUCAAACUCGUUUUCCAAAUGAAUAGAAAAGAGAUUGAGCCAGAUUCUAAUUAUGCAUUGUUUUUAAUAUCAUCAGAAGGUGAAGCCCAAAUCCCAAACCAGGUCCCUAUCGUCCCGAUCGCUGUUCGAUGUGGCCCUGAACAUAAAAUCAUUAUAAGAGAAGUCGACUCUUUAUGA